UCAGGGGCCAACCUGAAGGGUGUGGACAUGGAGGGAAGUCAGAUGACGGGCAUCAACCUGAGAGUCGCCACGCUGAAGAAUGCCAAAUUGAAGAACUGUAACCUGCGGGGGGCGACUCUGGCUGGGACUGACCUCGAGAACUGCGACCUGUCCGGCUGCGACCUUCAGGAGGCGAACCUGCGGGGCUCCAACGUGAAGGGUGCCAUCUUUGAGGAGAUGCUUACGCCUCUACACAUGUCUCAGAGUGUGCGGUGAACCUGUUUUCCAUAACCAUGUACACUCACAGUGCCACACCGACCACUGAAUGCCAAACUUUUUUUUUUUUUUCUGCUCUCGAUCCAAAAAAGUGGGUGAGCCACAAAAUUAAAACCUGUUGUUCCUACUCUGAAGCUUCUUCACAGGCGGUGGCUCCUCUUCGUUCUGCUUUAACCUCUUUGUUCUCUUAACUGCUGCUAAACAGUUUGAUGUUGUUGUGGGAGACUGCUGCCACCGGGGGCGUGCCAUGCUUGGUCCACUCGCCCAAGCAUCACAGUAAGCCGUGUCAGAAAUGUCCACCUGAACACCAGGACCGUUGGAUCCCAGUGAGAUGUUCGGUGUCUUGCAAAGGCUUUAAUGUUGUGGCUGCUCAUAACGUCAGCUUUAGUUCAGUGUUUUCAGACACGUAUGAUGUUCUGAUGCCUGCAGUAUUUCUGAAUUUUAUUUUAUUUAUUUAUUUUUUGUAAAUGUAACGCAGGUUUGUGGUUGAGGCUUGUAUAUAGUAUAUUUUAAAGGGGACCUAUUCUUUGCAUCACUGACAGUUCAUAAAAAAACAUCACAAACUAGGCCUCAGUGCAGCUCCCGAGCUCUGUGAUGUUCCUCAAGGAUCUACUCUUGGUCUUCUUAUUUUUCUUUAUACCUGCUUCCUGUUAGGACUUAUGUUUAGAAAGCAUAAUAUUUUUUCUCAUUGUUAUGGAGCUGUUUUAUUUAGCAUGACCAAAAACUCCCAGCAGUCACUUUAAUGCUCUGUAAAAGGAUAAAAAACCAGGAUGUCUAUAAACUUUUUAACCCCUCAGCUGUAGAAGGCUGAAGUAUUUUUAGUCUGAUGAUCAGGAGUGUCAAAGGGAACCACAGCAAUCCAGUCAGUGACAGAUGAAGAAUUAAGUUUAAAGCAGGUCCACGGAAAAACCUGUGAACUAAUUUUUCUGUAGCUUUACAGCUAUUAAAGUUUUCUCUGGUUUAAGGCCAGCUUGUGGUGGAAACUCUGAAACAUGUUGUUUUCCAUUAAAAUCUCAGGCCUUCGUCAUCUGAAUUAUUUUAGGAUGAACUUAUUAUUUUGUAGGGUAUUUCUUUUAGUGUGUAGGCUUAGUUCACACCACAAACCUUUAAUCCAUGCUUCUCCUUUGACCUCACUGCUAAGAAGUGACUUAAUGUUAUUAGUUCAUCUUUUUUGUUUUAGUCCUUUUUUUUUUUUUUUUAAGCUUCCCCCACUUUAAGCCAACUUUAAUCUGAUUGGCUCCCCCUCCCUACCAGAACAGUGGUGGGUGGUGCUUCUGUGUCCCCUCUCUGUGACAUACAGAGCCAUAAGUAGAAAAAACUAAGAUGAACUGAGUGAUUCGAUCAGCACAUUAUCAGAAACUUACAUUUAACAUGAAAUUCUGCUCUGGAACAGGAAAUGAUGCACGACAGGAAGUGAGGAAGAGCAGAGCAGGUCCUCUUUAAAAUCAGUGAGCAUUUCCCUGUAUCAUGUACAAUCAAACAGAAUUUCAUGUCAAAGAGUUUCAUGAAAGAAAAAUGAGGAUGAGUGAGAAGUCAAUCCUGCUCACCCCCUUCAGUGUGGAGCUGGGACCAGCUUUACCCCCCUCAUGUUACCUCUGAGCGGCUGAUUUCCCCUCGGCGUGGGAGGUGCAGCAGGCUGAAAUAAACUGGAAUGAGCCUUUAAUAAGAAGCAGAAACAGGUGUUGUUGUAAUAAAACAUAAACGUCAGUGUGAGGCAGGGUGUCUCCUCUGCUCUUCAUUCUGUUUAAUAAAUCUGUUGUUUCUUAAGUUUA